GCUUCGAGUCAGAGCGGUUCGGCAUUCGCAGACUGAUUAGAAUAGCCAUGCUUGGUAGGAGGAGGGAGGAGGGGAGAGGGACGAGGAGGAGUGUGCACUAAUGGUGACACGGGGAUGGUCUCCGCGGGCAGGCAGAUGCAAUCCACGAAUAUCGUCGAAAGGCUCGCGGGACCGCGAGGAUUCGGUGUUUGCCGAGGGCAGGAUGGCCAGCCGACCAAGCUUCCAGGCAACACCACUGGUGGACUUGCACGAUGAGAGCUGCCAAUGGCGGUUGCUAUUUUGGUGGUUCGCAUCGGGAUUGAUCCAACAUAGGUCGUGGCCCCCUGGGUUGGGUUGCCAUACCUAUUUUUGCCUUCGCCGCGAGAAGAACGAAAGUCGGUUGGCAGGAUACGGGUCAACCUGGACCCAACUCUCGAAAGCCGUGUUGGUCGAAUAUCCUCCCACGUCAGGAGCAUCCGCUGAUACCAAUGAGAAAGAGUAUCAACCAUCCCUGGAAACUCACUUGCCACUUGGUUUGUCGAACACGGCCUCGCCUUCGGCCUCAGUCUUCUUGGUUUCUGGUUAUUGCAUAGUGCGUUCGGAUAUCUUUAGGCCAGGCGUGCGGUCCCUUGCAGUCCACAUGGCGCGGAUACGCAGCCAGUAUCCAGUCCUUCUCUCCAGAAGUUAUAUGGAUUAUCUCUCUUCCGUGACGAGAUUCCGGUAGAUCUAGCAGAGCACCGCGAGUAUUCCAAGUGGAAUGGAACGGGAGCCAUCUCGCAAGGGUGCCACCGUCGUAUCAGUCGUUGGGAUGGAGAUGUUAGAAGGAGACUGUUCAAACCAAUAGCGCCCUUGAGAUCGGGUUUUGUAUUGACUAGAUGCUGUGAAACCUCGAACCGGCACUUGAGCACCAGGGAGCUCAGGAUAUUCGACAUUGAUCAUGGCCGAUGCCACAU